AUGUCUAUUAAUUUUACAAAAUAUUCCCUCCCAAUAAACUGUAUUUACUCGAUAAUUGCACCGAACACGCUGCGACCGAACUCACAAUAUCAUGUUGCUGUGAGUGUACAUAAAUCCAUAGAACCGGUGAAAGUAAAAUUGGGCAUAAUUGGUUCCAGUUAUACCGAUUUCAAAUUCACAGAAGUGCGGCCAUACUCAACGCAGUUAGUGGAAUUCGAGAUACCCGCUCUGAAGCGCGAUCGCUACAACCUAACCGCUGAAGGUAUCAAUGGUGCCAUAUUCACCAAUGAAACACAACUCAACUUCGACACAAAACAAUUCACGGUGUUGGUGCAAACCGACAAAGCCAUCUAUCGACCCGGCGAUUUAGUGCAUUAUCGCGUUGUAUUGCUGGACGCCAAUCUGAAGCCGGCACGAAAUUUCGGUCGCGUUCACUUAACCGUACGUGAUGCUGGCGAUAAUAUCAUAAAAAGCUAUCGGGAUAUACGCCUAACCAAUGCUGUCUAUAGCAAUGAGCUACAAUUGUCCGACUAUCCAAAAAUGGGCGAAUGGUCGGUGAAUGUAGAGGUAAUGGAGGAGUCGCAGAAAAGCACCUUCGAGGUGGUGGAAUACAUUUUGCCUAAAUUUGUAGUUGAUAUAGACACGGCGAAGCAUGCGAUCUACAAAGAUGGAAAAAUACGUGCAACCGUUAAGGCGAACUACGCGUAUGGCGAACCCAUCAAAGGCGAAGCUACACUCUCUAUUUAUCCCACCUUCUUCGGUUCGCUGCAGCCGUUCGUGAAUGAUUUGAUUACAAGAAAAGUGGUGCCCAUUGAUGGGAGUGCCUUUUUCGAAUUCGAUAUACGCGACGAGCUUAAGUUGAAAGAGGAUUACGAACGCGAAUAUUUAUUGGACGCAUUGGUGGAGGAGAAAUCGACUGGUUCGGUGCAGAAUUUCUCCACAGUAAUAACGGUGCAUUUAGAUGCCUAUCGCGUUGAGACUGUACGUAUACCCAGCUAUUAUAUACCAGGUGUGCCGUUCGAGGUGACGGCAAAAAUUAUGCGUAACGACGGUGCUCAAUUAAAGGAUUUCCCACCCGAGGCGACCGCUUAUCUGACCAAUGUCUAUGGCAGCAGCGAAAUGUACAAUAAGACCGUUUAUGCUAUAAGCACAAAUGGUGAAUUCAAAAUGAAAUUUACGGUACCGGAAGGUGAUAAGGAUGAAUAUCAUUCAGUUAUCGUAAACUAUAUUGGCAUUAUUACGGAUGUGGGCAAAAUACCGCGUAAACAUUUACACAGUAAAAACUACAUUACAGCAAAAAUAUUAAAUGAUAAGUAAGUAAUGACAAAAAAAAUUACUGUGGCAGUACGCUCCAACGAACCAAUGAAAUACUUUAUUUAUCAGAUCGUAGGGCGUGGCGAUAUUAUUACAACACAUGCUGUUCAAGUGGAAAACAGCAACUAUCACACUUUUAAAUUCCUGGCCACAUUUGCAAUGAUGCCGCGCGCAAAACUGCUACUCUAUAUGGUAGUGAAUGGCGAGUUUGUCUACGAUGAGCAGGUCAUCGAAUUCGAGCAUACGUUAAUAAAUAAUGUGCAAGUUGAGGCGCCACUCAAGGCACCGCCAGGUCAGGAUAUCGACAUAACAAUUACGACCAAGCCAUACUCGUAUGUGGGGCUCAUGUUGGUAGAUCAAAACGCUGCAAACAUACGGAAAGGUAACGAUCUCAGCUAUGAGGGACUAAUGGACGCUUUGAAAACUUACGAGCUGCGCGAUAUUAAUACGCAACUCGGUUCACCCGGUAAAGAAUCUGGCGUUAUAACAAUGUCGAAUGCAGAUUUUAUAAUAGAAAAGGAACCUGAAACUACACCCAAUUUGCUGCGCGACUACGACGAUGACGAAAACAAAUUGACAACCAUACGUAAAACAGAUAUAGGUCCGGCGCAUCACUUCGAGGUGAAUACACUGGCGCCGGGUAAAGGGCGUUACGCUUUCUCGUACACACCUAAACCCUAUUGGCAUAAUCCACGCAUUCAUUUAAUGCAUGAACCGGCUGAUACUUGGCUCUUCCUGAACAUUUCGGCCGGUAAUGAGGGGCGUACUACGCUACAUCGUCGCAUACCCAGCUCAAUGACUUCAUGGGUGCUGUCCGCUUUUUCUUUAGAUCCAAUAACUGGUUUGGGUUUGACAAAACCAACGAAAACAUUGCAGUCUUACAAGGAGUUUUACAUUAGCACCGAAGUGCCAUAUUCGAUUAGAAAAGGUGAAACUAUCGCGCUGCCAUUUGUGAUUACUAAUAAUAAGGAUAGUGAUUUGGAUGUUGAAGUGACCUUUUACAACACGGCACAAGAAUUUGAAUUUCCACCACUCGACAGCAAGGGCGAUCCUACACCAAAAAUCGAAUUGUACAGUCGUCGCACAGUACGCGUGCUGGCACAAACUGUAAAAACGUUAUCCUUUAUUGUGAAGCCCAAACGUGUCGGACCCAUAAACAUUAAGGCUGUGGCCAAUUCGCAACUGACUGGUGAUACCGUAGAAACCAUACUGCUGGUCGAAUAUCCAGGCGCUACAGAGACAAUCAAUCAUGGUUUUCUAUUCGAGCUCAGUUCAAGUCCACAAACCAAAACGAAUAUAUCCAUCAAUGUACCACGCAAUGCAAUUGCUGGCUCAACAAAGAUACAAGUGACAGCAGUGGGUGAUGUAAUAGGUAGCUUAUUGGGUAAUAUUGAGCAUUUAAUAGUUUUGCCAACGGGCUGUGGUGAACAGACAAUGGUGCAUUUUAUGCCAAACUUAUUGGUGCUGCGUUAUCUGGAGCGCCUACGCCAAUUGACACCCGCGACUGAGAUGCGCAUCAAGCGCAAUUUGGAAGUUGGCUAUCAACAUUUGCUGUACUAUCGUCAUAUGAAUGGUGCUUUCAGCGCAUUCGGUUUAGAGGAGAAGAGUGGUUCUACUUGGUUGACGGCUUAUGUUGCGCGUGCGCUACGUCAAGCUACACCUUAUAUUUACAUAGAUGAGGCAAUUGUGAGUAAGGCUUUGGAAUAUUUAGCCGGCACACAGAGUGUUGGUGGCGGUUUUGAAGAGCGAGGUGAUGUUUUCGAGGCGUUCAAUGAUGAUGGGCUGAGUUUGACGGCGUUUGUGACAUUGGCCUUUAUGGAGAAUGCGAAAGCCCAUCCUGAGUAUAAGAACGUCAUCAACAAAGCCCUAGAUUUCAUAACACGCGGCUUGGACAGUUCGAGCGAUUUGCAUGCCACAGCUAUUGGCACCUAUGUGCUAUCACGCGCCAAUCACAACUCCAAAAGCGCCUUCCUGCAGCGACUCGAUGCUAUGGCGGUCAAUGAAGAUGGUCAAAAGUGGUGGAAUAAGACAGCGCCUACGGCCGGGCCCUCACCUUGGUACAAUCGCACACGUUCGGUGAAUAUUGAGAUAUCCUCAUAUGCUGCACGCCUGCUCGAAAACAAUCUCAUCGGCGAUGCGUUGCCAGUACUCAAGUGGCUGGCUGAUCAACGUAAUAACUUCGGUGGUUUUGUCUCAUCGCAGGAUACCGUAGUGGGCAUACAAGCGCUGAUGGCCUUCGCUGAACGCUUUUCAAGUCAAGCGAAUAGUCAGGUCAACGUGCAAUAUGGACAGGGUGCAGAAACGAUACUGAAUGUGAAUGGACAGAAUUCGCUGGCGCUGCAAAGUUAUGAACUGCCGAAUAUGUUGAAAAAUCUUACGAUAUCUGCUACCGGUCGUGGCAUGGCUUUUGCGCAACUCAGCUACAGUUACAACACAAAUGUGACAAGCGCAUGGCCGAGAUUUGUGCUCGAUCCUACGGUGAAUCGCAACUCGCAUUCGGAUUACUUGCAUUUAUCGGCGUGUGCUAGCUUCGUGCCUGUGGAGGGUGAUGCCAGUCGCUCAAAUAUGGCUGUUAUGGAAAUUUAUUUGCCCAGCGGAUUCGUUGUAGACACAGAAACACUGCCCACACUAGAAUCUAGCGAAAGAAUUAAGCGUGUCGAGACGCAGCGUCGCAACACUGUGGUCAUUAUUUACUUCGACUAUUUAGAUAGGCGCGAAGUUUGUCCGACGCUACAUGCUUACAAAACAGUGAAGGUCACCGGUCACCAACUGGCAGUGGUCAUGUACGACUACUACGAUAAUGCACGUCGCGCGCGUCAAUUCUAUCGUGCACCCAAAUCCGUGGUAUGCGACAUAUGCGAGCAUGCCAACUGCGGCACGCUUUGUGAAAAGGCUGAGAAGCGCGAAUCACGACGGUUGGAUGGUGGUGAUAGCAGCAUCGAAGGCAGAUCAGGCGGGGCAAAAGCGCGCGUUUCAGCCUUUGUCAUCGCUUUACUAGGCCUGUCGGCAGUGACCGCCACUUUUAAGUAUACGUUAUAGAUUUGCAAAGCAUACAUGUUUUGCAAACAACAAAUUUAAACAAAAAG